AUGCCGGUGAUCACUGGAGGUCAUUAUGAUGUUGACUGUCGGUUGGAAGAUCCUGAUGGCAUUGUGUUGUACAAGGAGAUGAAGAAACAAUAUGAUAGCUUCACGUUUACUGCAUCCAGAAACGGAACAUACAAAUUCUGCUUCAGCAAUGAAUUCUCUACUUUCACACACAAAACUGUGUACUUUGAUUUCCAGGUUGGAGAAGAUCCACCACUGUUUCCUAGUGAGAAUAGAGUAACUGCACUUACCCAGAUGGAGUCUGCGUGUGUUUCAAUUCAUGAAGCUUUGAAGUCUGUCAUUGAUUAUCAGACUCACUUCCGCCUGAGGGAGGCACAGGGCCGCAGCAGAGCAGAGGAUUUGAACACAAGAGUGGCCUACUGGUCAAUAGGGGAAGCAAUCAUUCUUCUCGUUGUUAGUAUCGGGCAGGUAUUUCUCCUGAAAAGCUUCUUCUCGGAUAAAAGAACCACAACAACUCGUGUUGGAUCAUAAAUGGUAGUAGUAAUGCUUCAGGUCAUUGUGUGCUACUCAUCUGUAAAAAUUACUGUUCUCCCAUUAAUUGCAGGUACAAAGGAUCUGAAUAUAUGCAACAUUCAAAUGUGUCUACCCCAUGUCCCUUAAAAAUCACAAACCA